AUGACGGUCUCUCAUUCUCUCAUGUUUAUUGCAAUAUUGGGUUUGGUCAUUUCCUUAACCAAUGCUUAUGAUCCAAGUCCACUUCAAGACUUCUGUGUCGCCAUAGAUGACUUAAAUGGCGUUUUUGUGAAUGGUAGGUUCUGUAAAGACCCAAGGCGAGUCAAUCCAGAAGACUUUUUCUUUUCAGGCCUCAACAUUCCCGGGAACACCGAUAAUCAAGUUGGCUCCAAUGUGACCACGGUCAAUGUCGAUCAGAUUCCAGGACUAAACACCAUGGGAAUAUCUUUGGUUCGCAUAGACUACGCGCCAUAUGGUCAAAACCCACCUCACACGCAUCCUCGUGGCUCAGAGAUCCUUGUCCUUAUCAAAGGAACAUUAUACGUGGGUUUUGUCUCUUCAAAUCAAGACAAUAACCGCUUAUUUGCCAAAGUAUUGCACCCUGGUGACGUUUUUGUGUUCCCUAUAGGAAUGAUCCAUUUUCAGGUGAAUAUUGGGAAAAUCCCUGCCCUUGCUUUUGCGGGAUUGAGUAGUCAGAAUGCUGGUGUCAUCACAAUCGCAAACGCUGUGUUCGGGUCUAACCCUCUGAUUUAUCCAGAGGUUCUGGCUAGGGCGUUCCAGUUGGAUGUCAAUAUUGUCAAAGAACUUCAGGCCAAGUUUGGGUCUAUAUAA